AUGUCUAGUGCUCAAAACAGUAGUAGAAGGACUACUAGAGCCGGAUCUCAAACAUCACGUAGUUAUACAUGUUCUAGUGCUAGAAAUUUAACACGUCAAUAUGAUAAUUCUCCACGAAUUCGCUUUGAAUAUAAAGAAGAUCCAGAUUUUAGACAGACGAGGAAGAAUUUAAUGUCAGCGAAAAACUUCGAUGGAUAUGAUACCCAAAAUCUAGUAUCAUUCUAUUGGAAACUUCGUGAUCACGCUUAUUAUUGUGCACUUCGUGCUAGAUACAAUGAUGCAACUGAAGCAGAACGUCUUCUUAAGUACUUAAAAGCGGAGUUAGACUUACGAGGCCAGCCGGUUGCUGAACCAAAACAAAAAUCUUAUGUUGCAGAGAUGAUUAAAGAAGUUAGUGACGAAUACGAAAAGAAGCUACAUAAAUUCGAUCAUGAAACAAAGCAGCGAAUUCAGAAAAUUGACGAAAAACAUAAAGAAGAGCAAGAAAAUUUCAAUAAAUCUUGGAAGUCCGACAAAUUGCGUCCUUUCAUGAUACCUUCAGUCAAACUCCGCAACAUGAAGAUACAAGAGAAGAGCCUUAACAGCAGCGGGGAAUACGCAAAAGCCAAAGAAAUCCACAAAGAAAUAAAAAUUUUAGAGCAAGAAGAGCACAAAAAGGCUCAGGAAGACGCAAACAAGCAAUACAACGACGAAGUGCAAAAACUUGUGCAAAAACAGGCAGAAGAAAAGGCAGAAAUCCUAAAAAGAAGAGAUUACAAAAGAAAAUUAAUUCUAUCAGAAUUAGAGCAACAGAAAAGAGAAAUAAAGGCACAUGGAACAAGAAAUAUCCCAAGUGCCCAGGAAAAGAGAAAACAAGCUCAAAAUUCUCAUUUUUCUAAUGAUUUUGAACCAUCAAAGUCAAAAAUCACAAGAGAAGCUGAAAAGCGAUCAAAACAUCUACUCCCCCCAAUAAGACCUCCAAUGGUUAACCCUGUAGACUGGAACUCCAACCAAGAAAGCGACUAUUCCGAAGAUGGCGACAUAUGCGUUCCAAAACAAAAGAAAGUCAAAAGAAUCAGAUCUAAUUCUCAAAGGAUUGCGCAUAUACCAAGCAAUCUACUCCCGGAAAAGAAGAAAAAAGAAAUUUUCUCAAAAUCAUUAAAAUUUAACAACGAUUCAAGUUCAAAUUCUUAUAACGACAGCGAUUUGUACCAAGGCAAAAGCCAAAUGGACAGUUCCAGAGAUGAAAUCAGCUCGUCUACUUCAAUUGAGUCAGAUAUUCCUCAGAUAACGUGUUCUAAGAUUGAUGCUGCAUCAACUGUUGCGUGGGAAGCUCAUUGGGAAUCAAGUUCUGACAAUUUGCUAUCAAAUGAAGAAAAUCUAAAUCAAAAUUCCACUAAAAAUCAAUAUUCAAGCUCUAUUCCAGUAAAAAAUCAAGUAACUCAGAAUGCUUCUGAUUCAAAAAUGCAACAAAAUUUUUCCAUUCAAUUACAUCAAACAGACCCUUCUCAAAUUUCAAUAGAAAAAGAAUCGGAAAAAAUAUCACAUAAAAGUGAAAUUUUGGUAGAUUUACCAAAUAAUUCAGACUCCCAACAGCUCGGAUUUGUUGUUCACAAGGCUUCUUCCAUUUACAGUCCGAGAUCUGACCAAAAUUUGGAGUUUCAGAGUCCUUCCAAAGGACUGAUGAGAAUAUCAGAACUAAAUAGUUCAUCGAAAGACAGUGUCAAACAAUUCCAAGCAAUCCAAGACAAAAUUUCAACAAUUGAAAUGAUUAAUGACUCUGAUCCUGAAAAUAAGACACUUCCAAUAUCAGAUAUACUUUUCCAGUCCAAGUCAAGCAUAGUGAACAACAAUACAUCUAUUGAUAUCCAAAAUGAAAUAAAUAAAAUGCUGAACGAUGACCAAAACGAUUCCCCAUCAUCAAAUAUGAGUGAAGUAGUUAAUAACCAGCAAGAUUCAAUUCAGGAAAUUACAAAUUUGCUAAUUUUAGAUAAAAAUAACAUUAUAUCCGAAAUAUCGGAAGAAGAAAGCACUGAAGAUACACCUUUUGGUACAGAAAUGAUCUUGUCACCUCAAAAAGAACGUAUUGUGUUAAAUACUGAAGAAAAUUUGAAUUUUGAAAGGGAAUAUUCUUCAAAAUCAGAAAAUUCCGAAACAAUUCACUCAAACAUCCCAUUUUCACAUGACCAGAUCAAAGAUCCAGUAGUUUUACGGUCAAAUAACCAAGUUCUUCCAAUAAUUGAAGCCAAAAGUCAACAAAGUGAUCCAAAUAUAAUAGAACUUUCAAAGAAACUUGAAUCCUUCAUCAAAACUUUGGAUAAUAAAGAACAAAACCCAGAAAUAGUCGAAAUUCCACCCCCAAGCAAAUCUACAACAGUUAUUAUAACGAAACAAGUUCCGAUACAGAAAAGGCUUUCUUUUAACAGCCAAGUUCUCGCUGACGAAAAACCUUCUCUCAAAAUUUCAGAUGUCACUUUUUAUUCCGGAAAUUUUGACAUUUUCAAAGAAAAAUCUGAGGAAGAAGAGGAAGAAGAAUCAACCAGAGCACUGACCAUUGGAGGUACAUUUGCCCAGACAGCACCAGAUCCCGUCGAACCUGUCGUAAUUGACAUUGGGGGAGAAUAUGAAGAAGAAUAUGAGGAAGAAGAGCAGAUUCAUGAGAAUACAAAUGAAAAUACAAAGGCCAAAUACGUAAUACAAUACAACCAGAGGACUCCCUACUUCAUUUUCGCCCCAAAUAAUGAUAUUGUUUACGUAGAUCCUCAAACAGCUCGAAUUUCAGCACGAUCAAUUCAUGUAACACCAAAUCAAUCACUACAAAUGGAAAAGAGAUUUGGUCCAAAUUCAACAAGAUAUUAUGAUUGA